UUCGAAGAUGGUUGUCGUUUGCAAGGGAGGAGGUUGUGUGUGACGCGAUCGCCAGAUGCGGAUGGAUGCUGUUGUGCAGCUCUGACGGUGAACGCCAAAACACCGGUGCCUAACAGCCUUGUAUGGCACAACCUGUGGUAGUGCAGUGUUUGUUACCUGUGGUGGCCUACGAGACUUGUUCAUCGAAGUGAAGAAACAUGGCUUCUGAGAGCAUCAAUCAACAAGUGCGUUGCUGAGAUUGUGCGCGUAUACGUUUCUUGGUGCACGUUUAUGUAUGGUGAAUGUGACGUUCCUGCGAUCAACCGAGUUCCGUGAGUCGAUUCGGAACGGCGGAAAGUGAAUAUUCGAGUUCGGAAAAUAUCGUCUUCGCGCGCGACGAGCUAUGGAUGACUAGCAGAGCUUCUAUCACGGACAAGUGAGGAUUCACUGAAUGAGGUACCAAACGUCUUGUAGUCGUCUUGCAGUCCUACUGAGGUAUUAGACGUCUCGUAGGCGCUUUGAGACGCCCUCGAACGUUCAGGCGCGCAAGGUACGUGUUGAUUCGAUAUACUCUCGUCUUGAAAACAAAUUUCCACGUUGCAUGCGCGCGGUGACUGACGAAUGGCUCGUUACCUGCUAAAAUAUGGACGAGCGAAGACUUGUAGUGUGAAGUAGCAGACGUGCUGCAGUCAUUUUCAUCGAUAUACGAGUCGCUCUCGAGUGCUUGUAGGAAUCCAUCAUAUGCUUACACCGGUUUGAUGUCCUUAGGUUGAAGGAUAUCCUGAGGAUGUCUUAAGGAUAUCCGUAGGUUGAAGACAUAUUUUCGAGCGUAUAGUGCACCCUUGGCGUACAGCUGGUCUGUUUCCUACGAAAAGAUCGUUUCAGAAACCGUUGUUUGAGAUUGCCGCUUUAAUACAUGAUAGUGCCCGCCACAAGGAAAGAAAGGCUGGCUCUAUGUUUAGCGGUGAAUCGGUCACGACGCAAUUAAAACCUACAUCGCGCCGAAGGUGUUGCGAAGACACGGGGGCUCUUUUCCAAGGUCGAGAGAAGCGGGAAAGUCGUCUUCAUUCUCCCAUUAAUUAACGCGUCGACUUUAAUAGUGCUGUACCGGACAUGACGUUAUUAACAGCUACACGGUAGUUACGUCAUCAAGCUACGAAACUCCAGGAAAUCAGGUGCCCUUCCUAACACUGUAAUGAAACAUACUAGCCAUAGUUAUUUCCAGGUUUGGUAGUGUUUUAUCCAUCUAUAAGUGUCAUAUAAAAGGGCGUUUAAUAUGCCUUGUGCGCUGAUUGGGCCUUAAUAGAAGCAAUCCGUUCAUAAUUAACGACACGAAUUUUCUUCUUUCUCGCUGCAGGCUGUGUUUAUACCGUCCUGUUCAUGCUAGUCACAACUAUAUGUAACCUUCCAGCCCUGGAGUAAUGGAUGGAUGUUAUGGAUGGGUAACGGUAAUGGAUGGGUAGAUGAAAAACUUCAUUGUGGUCCUUUAGAUAAAUAUUCCUAGCAUGCACAGGGAUACAUGUGGUUGAUAUCCCGACCCACCUACGAGCUGUUCAUCAACUGCACAGACUAGAAUGCGCUGCACCUUGGCUACGAAAUGAGCUCACCUCGGUACAACGAAUUCCGUGGUUAGAGAACAGUGUUUCUGAAGCAACGUAAUGGUCUCUUCUUCUUUUUUUUUUUCGGUCAUCAAAGAAGGCCCGUAAAAUGACUAUGCGUCCAAUCGCUGCUGUUUAUGAGUGAAGCAUACAAUGAGGCGUAGACAACGAGACUUAUCAUGUGGUUGACAUACUAUACACCUCCUCAAAAACAACCGCUGCGGCGCUGAUGGCCAGUCGAUGUUCCGUGAACCCUUCGCCGUCGCUUUCGUUGUUUUACGGUAUAGUCGAACGUUCGUUGAUCGCAUAUAAGACGGUACUAUACAGUCGGCACGAAUCCUCGCCCGUCGUAGCCGAAAAGUAAACUUGAGGCCUCCUGCUUCAAUCGCUAUAGCUAAUGUCACCGACUGACCGAUUUCUGUAGAGAAGAUGUUGAUUUAGCUUUCAACCACCUCCCGCCCUUUUUUUUUUGUUGUUGAAAGCCACAAGUAAAUCCAUAGGGAUUUCUCAGAAAGAAAACUUUUUAGUAGCCGAAAAAUUCGUCCUGGUCCCUUAUAACCGAUAAUUCGUUAUAUCAGGGUCAGCCUGUAUAGCUAACGACGCAUUCCCAGUCAUCAUGCCUCGCUCCGCGUUCGGAAAGUGGAAGCCCAGCGCGUUGCUAGCGACCGCCGCCAUCUUGGGUCUCUACUACGUCCUGCUGAAGUCGUCGCCAGGGUCGCCGUUGCGACAGUCGCGUCUUCAAUUCAAACCGAGACGCCGCAGCGUGCAGUCAUGCGUUCACGACCCGAUUCCGUGUCCUCGUAUGCGCUACGUCGACAGACCUGAGGACGACGCGUCGAUGCUCAUCGACCUGGCCAACUUCACCUAUUUACUGGACUCGCCGCCGUGCGGCGCUGCGGGCAGAGACGAUGACGUCACAUUGUUGGUGGUCGUGCACUCGGCGGCGGCUCACUUCGCCGAGCGUGACGUCAUCCGAACCACGUGGGGCGCCGCAAGGCUGAGCAACCUGACGCUCAGGGUGGUCUUCAUGCUGGCAAGGAGGCCCGAUGAUCCGGAGCUCGAAGACAAGAUGGAGCGGGAGAACCGCAGGUUCGGCGACACGGUGCAGGGCAACUUCGUGGACUCGUACCGGAACCUGACGUACAAGCACGUGAUGGCGCUGCGGUGGGCCUCGACGCGGUGCGCUUCGGUCGCCAGGGUGCUCAAGAUGGACGACGACAUCUUCGUGCAUAUCUUCCAGCUGGCCGCCAUAUUGGACAAGGCCUCGGCGACGCCGUUGAAGCGCAAGGUCGUCCUCUGCUACGUCCAGAAACAGAUGCCCAUCUCUAGAAGCGAGGGCAGCAAAUGGAAAGUCACGGAGAGCGAGUACCCGGGUUCCUUCUUCGAAGACUACUGUUCCGGCUGGGCCUACCUAGCUGACAUGGACGCCGUCCGAGCCAUGGUGACCGAGGCGCAGUACCGGCCCUACUUCUGGGUAGACGACGUCCACGUCACCGGCACCCUGGCCCGCAUGGGCGGCGUCUCUUUGUCCAGGAUCAACCACAAGUACACGACCGAGGCGGACUCCCUGGCGCUGUGGGCCAAGCCCGGAGACCCCAGGGACUCCGGCGGGUUCCUGGACUGGGGCUACGCCUUCGGACCGACGUGGGGCGACGUCACACUCGUCGCGAGGGCGCACCGCAAGGCCCUCUGGUGCCGGAGGCGCGCCUGCAAGUGCUGCUUCAAGGCUGUUAACGCGAACGCCGGCAGCGCCCCCAAUGGCAGUGCAGCCAAGAACGGUGUGAUCGGCAAGGCCGUCGUGCAUUCCUUGUCAGUGUUCUAGUCAUUCCUGUUUACUUUUGUUAAAACAACGUGCGUGUUGUGUUUUGUUAUUGCGACACAGACUUUAUGUGUAUAUGUGUAUUAGAUGUGCACCGUUAGGCCGGUGUUGUGUAUGAAGUGAAGCAGCGUCCUGUGAGAUCUGUUACCAUGUAUCCAGUGGUCAUAACUGGUCGUGUCACUGUAGCGCGACUGGUAUGGCGUCGAACAUGAUGUUAUUCGGACUAUGUUCGUUAACACAGUUGUUCUUGUGAUGGAAGAGUGCUGGUCUUGAAACUUACCGUCUUCAGCGUCAUGCAUCAAGCGCUUCAGACAUGCUUUACUGGUUGGAUGAAGGAUGUGAAAGUGAAUAGCCCAGGCGACCUCCUUUGAUCAACCAUGAGAAUGUCUGCAGCGUCACAUGUUUGAACAUCUUUUGUGAUCAUUGUUUGUUGUUCAGGGCUGCGGUGCAAAACUGUUGAAGUAGCUUUCGCACAAACUUUCAUAACCUCUUUUGUGCCUUCGUAAGAACCCACCGUUAUAAUACCGCCACAUCGUUUGGGUUGUGGUGCGCGUUCCGUUAUUUGGUCACCGAGAACGGACACCAUGACAGAACUCUUUGUUGUUGUUGUUUUAUGUUUUUCUUUCCUUGGGGUGUAACGCUGGCGUACACGACGAGUGAGACAGACUAUGCGCAGGUUCGGGACAGCACGGCUCGUACAUCUCCGACACUAAACUAUCGCUACCUGCUGGACAGGACUUUAACCGCGGCAUGUGUUCUUUGCAGCACCCGCGGGAAGACUCAUCGAGUCCUGAGACUUUCUUAAGCGAGGUCAUCCCUCAACAUGGCAACGUGACUUGCAUCCUGUAUUUUCUAGUAAGCACGGUCACCGUCUGCACACCAGUGAUAAAGAUGAACGUUUUGUUGACUGUGCGGGCUUUAUUUUGUGAACUGUGUUUUGCGCCAAAAGCUUUCGCUCCUCUUUGCGAAAACUUACCAGCCAGUGUUCGACUUGGUCGCGCGACCGAUGAUAGUCGCAGGUGUGAAUGAUCGAGCCUUGGAGGUACCGACAACUGGCCAGAACUUGUGAUUAGAGCCUGGUGGAAACUAAAAGACCGUGAAUUAUUGGGACAGAUUCAAGCAUUCUUUUCGCGAUUUGAGUAGGAUUAUA